AUGCCGUUGAUGAUGAUGAUGAUGAUGCUGCUGCUGCUGCUGUUGCUGACGAUGGACGUGUUGAUGGAGGCGGGAAAAGGAGGGAUGAAGGUGAUGCAGAGAGCAAAGUUGGUUGGAAAGUUGGUGAGGGAGAGUGAGAGAAGGGGAGCGGGCAUUGUUGUGAUCACGAAAUACGAGCUUAUUGACGCGCUAGUGUUCGUUGCCUCAGCUGCAAUAGACGAGCGGGAAUCAUGCAGGCAGGCACACCAAACCGCACCAGUAUGCCACCGAGCCCGGCCAGUCCUCUGCAAAAGCCAUAAGCCCCUCGCCAACACGCUCGCCACUGUCCUCCUGGCCAUCUUCGUCACGGCCCUGGCGCCGGCCUUGGUCGUCUUUGCUGCCCACGCGAAGCUUCUCCGGUAG